CCCUCCUCUCGCGAGAGGAGGGCGGGCCAGGGCGCCAAGCGCGAAAGGGCGGCUGCGCCGAGUUUCCGGGGAAAGGAUGGAAGGCUCGUCGGAGGCAACGACGGUGGCCCGGAGGAGCGCGAACUUACCUUGGGUAGAGAAGUACCGGCCUCAGACACUUGGUGAUCUAAUUUCUCACGAGGACAUUCUGAAUACCAUACAGAAGUUUAUCAGUGAGGAUCAUUUGCCUCAUCUUCUUCUCUAUGGACCUCCAGGGACUGGCAAGACGUCUACAAUUUUAGCCUGUGCUAAACAGCUUUACAAAGGCAAAGAAUUUGGAUCAAUGGUUUUAGAGCUGAAUGCUUCUGACGACCGAGGCAUUGCUAUUGUCAGAGGGCCUAUCCUGAACUUUGCCAGUACUAGGACCAUCUUUAAGAAAGGUUUUAAGCUGGUGAUUCUGGAUGAAGCUGAUGCCAUGACGCAGGAUGCCCAGAAUGCGCUCAGACGUGUGAUUGAGAAAUUCACCGAGAACACCCGAUUUUGCUUGAUCUGCAAUUAUCUCUCCAAAAUAAUCCCAGCUCUACAAUCCCGAUGCACCAGAUUCCGCUUUGGCCCUUUGACACCAGAACUCAUGAUUCCUCGGUUGAAGUUUGUUACUGAGCAGGAGAACACUGAUGUUAGUGAUGACGGAAUGAAGGCCUUGGUGACCCUGUCCAAUGGUGAUAUGCGCAGAUCUCUGAACAUCUUGCAGAGCACUUACAUGGCCUUUGGAAAAGUGACCGAAGAGAGUGUUUACACUUGCACUGGGCAGCCGCUCAAGUCUGACAUUGCCAACAUCUUGGACUGGAUGCUGAAUCUAGACUUCACUACUGCCUAUCACAAUAUCCUGGAACUGAAGACCUUGAAGGGCUUGGCUCUACAAGACAUCCUAACAGAAAUUCACCUGUUUGUUCAUCGAGUUGACUUCCCAACGUCUGCUCGGAUCCAGCUGCUGAUCAAGAUGGCAGAUGUGGAACACCGCCUGGCUGCAGGGACAAAUGAGAAGAUCCAGCUGGGCUCCCUUGUAGCUGCCUUCCAGGUCACCAGGGACCUGAUUGUAGCUGAAGCUUAACCAAGCUACUCUUCCACGGUCCAGCCUUCAACUUGGGUACAUCUUGGUUGUCCUUAGAACUCAUCGGAACUGAUUUCCCACCGUAGGCUUAAAUUGUGAUUCUGGAUGUCCUACGAGGUGCUUCCUUGGAUCCUACGGAAGAUCUCCCCUUCUGGUCAGCUUGUCUCAGCUUCCCAGGACUUUCUGCUUUGGAAGGGUCUUUGCAUCGAUGGGUUGACACCAUCUUGGACUGUGAAUGAUUUUUCUCUCAUUUUUGACAACCGUCUUUAUGGGCCAUGUUGGAAAAGGAAGAGUUCCUUAAAGGCCUCCUGAGCUAUGAGGGAGAAACACCUGCCCCUAUCCCAAACCCAUUGUUAAUCAAGUUAAUAUACAGCACCCUUCCAAGAUUAGAGAGCUUGAUGGCAUGUAUAUAAUAACGUUUGAUUCAUUAAAAGCUCAUUGAAUUCUUUUAUUUCUACAUGAACGGUAAAGAAGGUGGCUUGCUAACUACA